AUGCUCAUGGGGUCGAACAAACAGACAAUCACAUACAUAUACAACACACAAAGACAGAAGGUUGACACGGUGGAGGAGAUGGAGCCUCUCCACAGAGAAUUCUGGCAGCAGAAUUUUCAAAUCUCCCCCACCGAGAACGCCCGAUUCGAUCACGCCACAGAGACCGAGGUUACAAACUACAUACAACAACACAGAAACUUAUUUCUCCCAGAAAACACCAUCAGACUGAACACUCUCACAGAGGACAGUCCCCUCUCCACACCAAUCACACCAGAGGAAAUAACAAACACAAUCAAACCACUGGCAACAGGAUAUUUCCCUGAUAAAUUCAAACACGCCACCCUCACUUUAAUACCUAAACCAGGGAAAUCUACACAUCAGGUGGGGAAUUACCGCCCCAUCUCACUCUUAGAAGUCCCAGGCAAACUGCUAGAGAGGGUAAUAACACAAAGACUCAUCCCACACCUUGAAAACAACCAAAUACACAACACUAGGCAAUACGGCUUCCGCCCACACAGGGGGACCGAGAGCGCCAUCGCCCUCGCUUGUGAGGAGAUUGCUCUCGGUCUCGCUAACAAGCACCAGACGAACGCAAUACUACGAGACGUCAGCAAGGCCUUUGAUAAGGCACCCCCAUCCACCUCAGAAGUGGAGUACCACAGGGAAGAGUUUUAUCGCCAACCCUCUAAUAUCCUGCACACAGCCAGUCUGCCAGAACCAACACCAUACAGCAACUAUAUUUCCUAUGCAGACGAUAUCACACAGAUCAUCACACAUCCCUCUAAAUCACAACACUUCAUGAAACAGAAAGAGCUAUACAGAACGUCAACAUCUUUGAGCACCACUGGAAAAUACAGACAAACAAACAAAUUCAAACUCAUACCCAUAGCACGUAAAAAGUCACAACCAAUCACAAUCAACAACACCAACAUACCAUACCCUAACACAGGAAACAUUCUCGGACUACAGUUCACAACUGCAGGCUUCCUCACACACGUUAAACACAGAAUAACACAAGCACAAAUAACACUAACCAAACUAAAACGCUUUUCAUGCUGCACACCACAAACAAAGCUCAUACUCUACAAAACAACGGUCCUUGAAUACACAGCUAUUCCGUUGGUUGCAAUAUCUUACAUACAAAAACUCAAAAUGCAAUCAGUUAAGAACAAAGCACUACUCUGGUUUUACUGCGAGGUGCUGGCCGAACUAUAA